AUAAUCCGCUGACAGAAGCAGUUAUAAUUAGAAGAUCAAGCAAACAUGCCUGUUUACCACAAAGAAGAUCUAAACUUUUUUCGGCUCGCAAAGUGCGUUCAUGGUUAUUCGACGGCAGCACUGCGAAAGGUGUUCAAACACGAAUGGAACAAGCUUUAUACUUCUACUCCAUGGCAGAAUAACACUACGAGUGGAUCACAGCUUUUGGGGGAAGAGAAGUCUCCUUUGCGUCAUUCUCGACUUUACGAUCCGAGAUACUGUAAUGAAUACCGACAUAUAAAGAAUCAUUUAUCCAGCGGGAACGUCGAAAACUGGGACAUAUCCACACUAGCUUUUGCUCUAAAUUACUCACACGCUCUUAGCCCCGCACGGGACUCAGUCCGUGGAAAGAAAAUAACUAGGGCUGCAAAUCAAAUUCGGGAGGUUAGAAACGAAGUGUUAGCGCAUGCUUCUAGUACAUCGAUGUCUGACGACUCGUUCGAGACAAAUGUGAAAACUUUGAUAACAGCCGUUCAAAACUUGCUUACAGAAUUUGAUCCGAUCGUUCACGGUCUUUGGCAAAUGCUGACGGAAGGAGAAUUUACAACGAACGAGCCUCGAAACGAAAGCAAGUGUUUGAAAAACGACCAUGAUCGCUUGCGGUCGGAUGAAAGGGUUGUGCACAAACGAGAAGAGAGACUUGGAAGAGAGACCUGGAAAAUUGAAGAGAGACCUGAGCACAAGAGGAAAGGUCCCCACAGGGAUGAAACCAGGAAAUCCCAUCGCUCUGAUCAGAGUAAAACUGCAUCAAAUUUACCACGUCAUGAAAUAACAGAGUCGGAACCUUAUACCAAAGAAUCUGCUACGACCCCUAUUUAUCAAGUGCCUCCAAAAUGGAAAUUGGACAUUCUCACCAGGAGAAAAUAUAUCAAACUGAUGGAUAGCUCCAAUUUUUUGUCUUUCAAUUUUUGCUGGAGAGGUCUUGAGAACUUUUUACAGGGAUUUAGGGGUAAUGCAGGCAUAGAGAUAUUUGCUCGUAUCCAAAGUGCUUGUGCACUCAAUCAGCGCUCAAGGAAGGAAGAAUCGCUAAAGAUGUUAAAUGGUCUGAUUCCCUUCUGCGGUUCCGACAGGGAAAACGGAUUUUUAGCAUAUGCAAGGAUACGGAUAUGUAUGGCACUCGUUUUACAUGACAUUGGAAAAGACGAGGAAGCACUGACACACGCGGACGAAGCAGAAAUUAUGCUGAGCGAAGGAGAGUGCUACGAGGACUCUAUAGAAAUACACAACGCGAAGGGAAAUAUCAUCUUAUCUAGAAGAAAAAACAGCACAGAAGAUCGGAAGCGUGUUCUGUAUCACUUCAACAAGGCACUCGAGCUUUGCGAGAAAGUCCCAGUUGAUAAAAGUGUUAUCAGGGUGCAAAUGACAAUACGCAAAGCUCUGGUUCACUUAGGUUAUUACCAACAUGAUAUUGUCAAAGAAGUCGAGAGAUCUGAUGUUGAUGUCGCCGAGACCAUUUUGAACCAGAUUCCAUAUCGACAGAUUAUGGGAUUGUCCGAAAGAAGCAAGAUAUAUUAUGAAUAUUGUCAAGCGUUGCUUUCUCUCAGGAAAGGUGAUUAUGAGAGAACAAAGAAAAUGGAACAAGAAGUAAGACGAAAAUGUCGGCGGCAGUCUCUGCAUAACGAGAUACAACAGCUUGAUGUGCUGAGGGGCCUUUUGAGCGAACAAGUAGAAGAGACAACGAGUGAUUGAACGAGCAUGCCCGACAUGGAUUGACGAGGGAACGAUGAAACAGGAGUGCCCAAGGGGUCGGUACUUGGCCCAACCUUCUUCAAUAUGCAUAUUAACGAUAUUAGAAGUGCUUGUCAAAAUUGUCAUGUUGCCUUAUGUGCUGACGACACCGAAGUUUUGAGUUAA